AUGUCAAACACGAAAGAAACAAGGAAAGGGUUAAAAAGAAAGUUUAUAUCUCUUGAAGAUAAAAUCGAAAUUCUAAAUCGUUUAGAAGGCGGGGAAAAACUAUCGUCGGUUGCAAAAUCAACCAAGUUGAAUGAAUCUACAAUUCGAACCCUAAAGAAAAAUGCAGACAAUAUAAGGAAAACUGUGGCAGAUGGCUGUCCGUUAGGUGCGAAACGUGUUACUCGCACACGAAAUUCUAAUCUGGUUAAAAUGGAACGGGCGUUAAUGAUCUGGUUGGAAGACUGUAUAGCCAAAAAGAUUCCUAUCAGUGGAAAUCUUAUCAAGCAGAAAGCACUUAAAAUCUAUGAACAUUUAAGGAAUAUUGGGCAUUCUUCUGCAGAGCUAGAAAAUCAUUCGUUUGUCGCGAGUAAAGGGAGGUUUGAAAAACUAAAAAAAAGGUACUCAUUACACAAUAUUAAGUUUCAAGGAGAACAGGCCUCAGCAGAUGCUGAGACUGCCAAGAAUUAUAAUCUGGAAUUAGCUAGAAUUAUCAAUGAAGGAGGCUAUUCACCUCAUCAGAUUUUUAACGCCGAUGAGACGGCAUUAUAUUGGAAAAAACUACCAUCUAGAACCUUCAUUUUGAAAAAUCAAAGACGUGCUCAGGGGUUUAAACCUUCAAAAGAACGUCUCACCCUUCAUAUGUGCAGCAAUCUAUCAGGGAGCCUGAUGAUAAAACCUAUGAUAAUAAAUCGUUCUUCAACUCCCCGUGUAUGA